UGCCUUAUUGGUAUUGGUUAUUGCCUUAUUGGUAUUGGUUGUGUUCUCGAAGAGCAAAGUGAGGAAUAGUCUUAGUUCGCAAACAUGGUAGUAAUACUUCAUGAUCUGGUUGGAUUGAAGAGUUGAAGUUUUGAAUCCGAAAAAGUUGCGACUCUCAAUUAAGUUGAGAUGAUGGAUGAUGAAAGAAGGGAAGGAGAAAGAAUGGAAAACAAUCAGGAUGAUGUUGCACUGAUGAGAUCGACUGAUGAUGAUUCCAGUUUGGAAGAAGAGGGCGGAGGAAGAGGAACUUUUAACAAUCUCAUCUCACAAUUAAAAUCAAAAUCAAAAUCAAAAUCAAAAUCAAAAUCAAAUUCAAAAUCGCCUACAGUAAGUCUAGAUCGUGGUUGGAAUCAAAUUGGGGUUGGGGAUGAAGAAGAUCCCCCUGCUUCUACUUCUGCUUCUGCUUCUGAAUCUUCAUCUUCCCCAUCUUUUGGUUUUAGUCGUCAUCAUCACCAUCAUCAUCAUCAUUCUGACCUCGAUUCAGAAACUGGCGGAGAAGCUCUUGGUGAUCCUCCAGAAUGGGCUUUGCUCCUCAUUGGCUGCCUUCUUGGUCUCGCUACAGGUCUUUGUGUUGCCGCUUUUAACCGAGGGGUGCAUGUCAUUCAUGAAUGGGCUUGGGCUGGUACUCCUAAUGAAGGCGCUUCUUGGCUUCGGUUACAGAGACUUGCAGAUACUUGGCAUCGCAUACUUCUCAUACCAGUUACAGGUGGUGUUGUUGUAGGAAUGAUGCAUGGUUUGCUUGAAAUUUUAGACCAGAUUAAGCCCCCUGCUCCCCCUUCUAAGACUAAGUCAAAGUCAGGUUUUCAUCUCCUUGCCGGAGUCUUUCCCACAAUUAAAGCCAUUCAAGCUGCUGUCACUCUAGGUACCGGUUGUUCCUUGGGUCCUGAGGGUCCUAGUGUUGAUAUUGGAAAGUCUUGUGCCUACGGAUGCUACUUGUUCAUGGAAAAUAACAGAGAAAGAAAGAUUGCUCUUGUUGCUGCUGGAGCUGCUGCUGGUAUUGCUUCAGGUUUUAAUGCAGCGGUUGCUGGUUGUUUCUUUGCUAUUGAGACGGUGUUAAGACCUCUUCGUGCUGAGAAUUCACCACCAUUUACUACGGCGAUGAUAAUUUUAGCUUCUGUUAUUUCGUCAACUGUGUCAAAUGAAUUGCUUGGAAAUAAUUCAGCUUUUACAGUGCCAUCAUAUGAUUUGAAAUCAGCUGCAGAAUUACCAUUAUACUUGAUUUUGGGUAUGCUAUGUGGUGUUGUUAGUGUAUUUUUCACGCGUUUAGUAGUUUGGUAUACCAAGCUCUUUGAUUUCAUCAAAGAAAAAUUUGGCUUUCCCGCUGUUGUUUGUCCUGCAUUAGGAGGUUUGGGGGUUGGCAUAAUAGCUCUCAAGUAUCCUGGAAUUCUGUAUUGGGGCUUCACAAAUGUUGAUGAAAUUCUUCAUACUGGGAAAAUUGCUUCAGCACCUGGAAUAUGGUUGUUGGCUCAAUUAGCUGCAGCAAAGGUUGUAGCUACAGCUUUGUGUAAAGGAUCUGGGCUUGUAGGUGGCCUUUAUGCUCCAAGCUUAAUGAUAGGUGCUGCAGUUGGUGCUGUUUUUGGAGGUUCAGCAUCAGAUUUAAUUAAUUCAGCUUUACCUGGAAACACCUCUGUUGCCCAACCUCAAGCCUACGCACUGGUUGGAAUGGCUGCUACUUUAGCUUCUGUUUGUUCUGUACCCUUGACAUCUGUUUUACUUCUUUUCGAGCUGACUAAAGAUUACAGAAUAUUGCUUCCGCUCAUGGGAGCUGUUGGUUUGGCAAUAUGGGUACCCUCUGUUGCAAAUCAAGGAAACGAGACAGAACCAGCUGAAUUGAGGAAUCGCACACGAGGUUAUUCUUCUGUUUCUUCUCGUGAGAAUGCUGUGGACAGCAGCAGUGGAGGUAGAGAGCAUGUAGAGCUCUCUGUCGUGAAAGAUGCUAAUGUUCUCAGAUCAUUUGAUGCACUAAUUCUUGAUGAUCUGAAGGUCUCCCAUGCUAUGUCAGUGAACUAUUUUUCUGUUGUUCUGGAUACAACCGUGAGAGACGCUAUGAAAUAUAUGCAUCAAAACCAGCAGAAUUGUGUUCUUGUGGUUGACAGUAAUAAUCUACUGGAGGGUAUCUUGACAAGGGGUGAUAUUAAACGGUAUUUGUCCAAGAAAUCUGCCAAGGUUAUCAGCAACAAAUCAAUACCUUACGAUGUAUAUGCAUGUCCUGUUUACAUGGCGUGUACUCGUGGGAUCAGCUACCGUGGCUUAGAGCGUGGUGUUUUGACUUGCUUCCCAGACACUGACUUAGUGACAGCCAAGGAUCUAAUGGAAGCUAAGGGUAUUAAACAGCUACCUGUGGUGAUGCGAGGUGGAAAUUCCCAGGAAGAAAGAAGGCGAAGAAUUAUGGCUGUCCUUCACUAUGACGCUAUGUCAAACUAUCUCAGGAUAUUCUGGUCACACCUCUGUAUUGGAGUCAUCCGCACUGAAUCUUGUGCUUUAUUUGGCAUCUGCAGAUCCCUAAAAGAGGUUGGAAAUCAAACAUCACAUCUUCCUGGUCAAAUGCUUGCCAAUGACAAUGGCCACUGAUCUACAAAGCCACCUUAAACAUUCUUAUUCAAAGCUCAUCACCAACGUUGGACGUCGACCUUCACAAGUGUUUUUUGCCCGUUUGAUACACAUCAAUUAAGCCAUCCUUUUAGUUUUAGUUUUGCACCAAAUCCAAAUGUAAAGUAAAUAUUGUUAUUUUGGAAUUAAUACAUUGAUAAACAUAUUUUUAAUUGCUGGUUGACUUUUUACUUUUUUAACCAAAAUUUUUUAUUUAAAAUAUAAUUAUUGUAUACCGAGGAAAUGAGUAGAGAUGACAGCAAAAGGAUACGGCUUAAGCAAUUGCUUACGUAGCUAAUGACUUAUUUGUAUCUUCAUAGUGUUGUAUGAACUCUUACAUUUUGCAGUAGAUCGAUCUUAUAUUACCUUCA